CACUGCUCGUGCAUAUCGAACUUCUACAUGAACGCGCCUGAUAAGUUUCGUUUUCGUAGUUUCAGUUGAUUUCAGUUUUAAAACCGAGUUGUAUUAUAAUCAAAAGUGAAUAACAGUGAUUAAGUCAGUGUAAAGAUGUCGCGUGGAUGUUGCUGCGUACUUCUGCUCGCGCUCGUCGCCGUGGUUUCAGGUGUGGAUGUGAAGGCUGCAGUGGGAGAUGAAGUUCGUUUUAAUCCAGACAUUAAAUCAUCUCUUAAAGACAGCAGCAUCACAUGGAAAUAUACGGCUGGUGGUGAGGUGAUGAAGGUGAUUGAAUGGGACAAUGACUUUAAGACUUUAGAAAGUUUGAUUCCUAAAUUCAAGACUCGUGUAGCUCUCGAUAGGACCACAGGAGAACUCACUAUAAGAAAUUUACAGCUGGAGCAUACUGGACUUUAUACCAUUGAGAUCAACAAUAAAGAGCUAUACAAAAGAUUCACAUUGACUGUUAAGGGUGUGGAUAUGAAGACAGAUGUGGAUAUUAAGGCAGUAGUGGGCGGUGAAGUUCGUUUUAAACCUGACAUCCCUGAAGGAUCUCUUAAAGACCGCAGCAUCACAUGGAUAUAUAAGGCUGGUGGUGAUGUGAUAAAUGUGAUUGAAUGGGACAAUGACUUUCAGACUUUAGAAAGUUUAAAUCCUAAAUUCAAGACUCGUGUAGCUCUCGAUAGGAACAAUGGAGAACUCACUAUAACAGAUUUACAACUGGAGGAUACUGGACUUUAUACCAUAGAGAUCAACAACAAAGAGCAAGAGAAACAAAUCACAUUGACUGUUGUGGAUGUGGAUAUUAAGGCAGUAGUGGGCGGUGAAGUUCGUUUUAAACCUGACAUCCCUGAAGGAUCUCUUAAAGACGCCAGCAUCACAUGGAUAUAUAAGACUGCUACUGACUUGAUAAAGGUGAUUGAAUGGGACAAUGACUUUCAGACUGAAGAAAGUCUGAAUCCUAAAUUCAAGACUCGUGUAGCUCUCGAUAGGACCACUGGAGAACUCACUAUAAGAGAUUUACAACUGGAGGAUACUGGACUUUAUACCAUUAAGAUCAACUAUAAAGAGCAAGAGAAAAAAUUCACAUUGACUGUUAUGGAUAUGGAUAUUAAGGCAGUAGUGGGCGGUGAAGUUCAUUUUAAACCUGACAUUCCUGAAGGAACAUCUCUUAAAGACCGUAGCAUCACAUGGAGAUAUAAGACUGCUACUGACAUGUUAAAGGUGAUUGAAUGGGACCGUGACUUUCUGACUGAAGAAAGUCUGAAUCCUAAAUUCAAGACACGUGUAGCUCUCGAUAGGACCACUGGAGAACUCACUAUAAGAGAUUUACAGCUGGAGCAUACUGGACUUUAUACCUUUGAGAUCAACAACAAAGAGCAAGAGAAAAAAUUCACAUUGACUGUUGUAGAAACCUCUUCCACAUGAACCAAAUGCUAAAAGUCCACCGAAGAAGAGUCAAAUUGUGAG